AUGAGACAUUUCUGUUAGUUUACAGCAGGGACGAUUGAUAAUUAUUUUUAAAAUUUUAUGACGUGUCAUGAGCUUUUGUGGGACUGAACGGCAGCCCCUCCCAAGCUCUCUUGAUAGAUACCAGCUUUAAGAUGUUCGAGAGCAAGCCUAGAACUUGGUAGCGCGCGCGCAGUCCAACGCGGAUGCGCGGUUGCGCUGGUAGUGCUUGCUAACUUUCUUUUGUUCUGGAUUUAGCGUGUGGCGAUUCUUUGUCUGUUGGUCCUGAUUAGUUUAAUCUAAUUUUAAUCUAGCAGCGUUAAGUUCGCAUUCAGCAGGGCGUGAGGGGACAACUGUGCACGCGCGCGUUGUCGUUGUGGUGGUAUGGAGCUCGCCGAUACCGACGCUUCCGUCCAAGUGACGCUUCCCCUCUCCAGUAUCAACGAGUACGUGGCACAGGAGUUUGCCACAUCUCGACUUCUGCUCGAGGGAGAAGCCGUACUGGAAGCUGGGCACGUUGUGACGUGCAGUGUUAAAGAAAAAGUUGACAGUAACAGCACGUUUGUAGGUUUCGUGCUGCAAACAUCGGCUUUAAGCAGAGACCCGCACGAGGUCGAGAUCGUGGUGAAAGAGAAGACAGUGGCAGCUGCAUCAUGCUCGUGCAAAGCAGGGAGCUACAAAUGCAAACACAUUGUGGCCAUGCUCCUGUACAUCCAUGCCACAAAGGUGUUUGAAAUCUUGUCGUCGACCGACCUGCCACAGCAGUGGGGGAAAAGUCAAAAACAGGGUGUGAAGGACAAGUAUGCGCCCAGGCCAAUCAUUGAGCUUCCCUGCGUAAAGAAGGCACGUCUGUUCUUCCGCUAUUCUGCAACAUGGUGCUCGCCUCAGAAUCUGGCAAGACGUGCCACUUCAACGGCCGCCGUGAUAAGUGCCUGGGCCAAGGUCACGCAACACCAACUAAACUGGACAGUGCUUGCCUGGCAGUAA